AUGGGCACCACAACAACACUGCGCUUCCGUUACUUCCCAAACUGCUUCCUCACGCAUCCAUGUAGCAGCAGCAGCAGCGGCGGUAACAAGUGCAUGUUUUCUUCAACACAACACCAAACCACUAUCUCUCUCCCUCUCAGUUCCUCCACUCACUUCCACCUUCUCGCUUCGCAAACCAGCAACACCACAACCGCUCGGAAAAAUCGAAAGCUGAAAACCGAUGACGAGAUCUGCUCCGAAAUUCGGCAAUUCAUCGCUGAAGUUGGACUCCCUCACGACCACAUUCCCUCUACCAAAGAGCUUAUACUCCAUAGAAGGAAUGACCUGGCAAACAUUGUUAGGCGGAGAGGUCAUAAAAAGAUUCAGGAUCUUCUCACAAGUUCGUUAUAUGGUGAAAUUGAUUCAUUAAACACAGGAGAAAUUUUAGAGGAAAGACUGGAUUCUACAAAUGAUAGUGUGGAUCUAUUAACAGGUCAGAAUGAGGAUGGGGUAGGGGAACUCAAAGAUUAUGCUGAAGUGGUUAAUAACGUGGCAGAGGGGAAUUUCCGCCCAACUGAAGUGACAACCGUGGACAAUGAUUGCAGCAGUUCAACAGAAGAUUUUUAUCCCAAUUUUGAUAGCCUAAGUUCCAUGCCAACAGAAAUUUCUGGUGAAUCGCCAUCUGAGACAACGUUGUUUGGAAAUUCAGAGGGUGAGGACACUUUAAUGGCAAAAAUGGUUGGAGAUAUUACCUUUCCAUUGUCAGUUCCUUCCAUGGAAAACCAUUCCAAUACUUCAUUUAAGGAUCCUGAUCUUGACACUGAAAACAGAGUGUCCAUGGAGCAAAAGGACUGUGGUGUGUUAGAAGGUGUAGAUAUCUACUAUAACUAUAUUGCUGAAGAUGUUUACCAAACCUCUGAAUUUUUUGAGAACAAAAUUGAUUCGGUUAUUCGUUUUGCAGACAUCAGGGAUGUAAAUCUUGAGACUUCAUCCAACUUAUCUUUGGAGGAAAGGGUCGCAAAUUUUAUUCAGAAUGGAGAUUUAGAUGCAGUUGAAGGUGCACGUCCCCAUAAAGAAAAUAAUGUCAUGGCAAAUAAUGUGAAGUCACUGACAUCCAAUCAAGUUAUUCCGCCUGGAAAAUUGGACCAGCCUCUUCGGGAGGAUCACAUGCCACAUGAGGAUCCAAUAACUCAUUUUGACAAGGAUUUGGAUGCCGAGGCUCCAAAUGUACAAAAUCAAAGUGAGAUAAAUCAUCUCAAGUUCAUGCUGUACCAGAAGGAGUUGGAGUUGACUCGGCUGAAGGAGCAGAUUGAGAAGGAAAAGCAUGCUUUGUCUGUCUUGCAAACCAAGGCGGAGGAGGAAAUCAGCAAAGCGAAAAAACUUUUAUCUGAAAAAGAUGCAGAGCUGCUUGAAGCUGAAGAAAGUCUUUCAGGACUCAAGGAGGUUCUUAUUGAGUUCUCUGGCGAUGGUGAUGUCGUGGAAGUAGCUGGAAGCUUCAACGGCUGGCAUCACCCAAUAAAGAUGGACCCUCAACCUCAGCCAUUAACUAGUGUUAUAGACCAUGGUGGAUCAAGAAAAUCCAGAUUUUGGUCAGCGAUGCUGUGGCUAUAUCCAGGUGUAUAUGAGAUAAAAUUUGUCGUUGAUGGCCACUGGACAACAGAUCCUCAACGGGAAUCAGUAGGAAGGGGUCACAUAUGUAACAACAUUUUAAGAGUAGAUAGAUGA